UCUUAUGCACUCUGAUAAACCCUCCCUUAAACCCUAAAAACCCACAAGUAAGUUUUCUCCAUAGUAACAACAAAGGGGCAAAAAGUGAAUGGCAUGGCUUAUUUCCUAGAGCUCAAACUCUCAAAAUUACUGCCACAAUGCACAUUCAGACAGUUGAAGCAAAUACAUGCCCUCAUUCUCACUACCUCACUCAACCAAGACAUCCAAACUUUCUCCAGAUUUCUCCGGCGGAGCACGGAGUUUGGAGCAAUGGAAUAUCCCAAUCUCAUAUAUUCCCAACUGGGUUCUCAUUUCAGUAAUAACAUCAUGAUUCAAAAUGCUAUGAUUAGAGGGUAUGGUGGAAAUGGUCUCUUUGAGCAAUGCCUGCACCUGUACGAUGAAAUGCCUCAGAGAGGACUCAAACCCCAUAACUUCACUUACCCAUAUGUGUUGAGCUCGUGUUCUAAACUGGGUUGGUUCCGAAAAGGCAAACAAGUGCAUUGCCGGAUUGUAAAGGAUGGGUUUGAGUCCAAUCUAUCAGUUGCUAAUGCCCUUUUCCAUUUAUACGUUAAAAUGGUGGAUUUGAGUGAUGCCCGCAAGGUGUUUGAUGAUGUGUCUGUGAAAACUAUCGAAUUACGGAACCGAAUGAUUUCACUUUAUGUGAGUGCUCGCGAUGUUCAGAGUGCAAGGAAGCUGUUUGAUGUCAUGCCUGAAAGGGACAUUGUUUCGUGGAAUUCGAUGAUCACCGGCUACGCUGAAGUAGGGGAUGCAGGCAAUGCGAGAGAUUUGUUUGAGCGGAUACCCGAGAAGGAUGUUGUAUCAUGGACAAUAAUGAUCAGAGUGUAUGCCGCUGCAGGAGACCUUAUGACAGCGACAAAGUUUUUCGAGACAAUGCCUUGCAAGAAUGUGGUUUCAUGGAACUCUAUGAUUUCAAGUUACUCCCAGCAUGGACAACUUGAACAAGCAUUGGAUCUCUUUGUCCAAAUGCAAUCGGGUGGUGAAGUUCCGGACAAAUACACGUUUGUUUCUGUUCUAUCGGCUUGUUCUCAGUUGGGUGCUUUAGAAUUUGGAAAGUGGAUACACUACUUGAUACAAGACUGGUCUCAGUUUGGAGCCAUUUUGGGGACUGCCCUUAUAGACAUGUAUGCAAAAUGCGGGGACAUACAUAGAGCUCUCACGCUUUUUAUCAAGAUGGGAGAGAGGGAUGUAUUUUGUUGGAAUGUUAUGAUUAGAUCUGUAGCUAUCCACGGAAGAACAGGAGACGCCAUCAAGAUAUACUCAUUGAUGCAAAAAAAAGGGUUGGAGCCGAAUGACUUCACGUUCACUGCUGCUCUCUUUGCUUGUAGCCAUGGAGGCUUAGUAAAGGAAGGUGAAGGAAUCUUCUAUUCCAUGGAGAGGGAUUUUGGGGUUGAACCAAAACUCGAGCAUUAUGGCUGCAUAAUUGACCUACUGAGCCGAAAUGGUCAGUUGGAGGAAGCAGUACGUCUAGUAAAGGAAAUGCCGUAUAAGCCUGACAUAGCAAUAUGGGGAGCUUUGCUUGGCGGUUGCAGAGAUAGAAGUCACCUUAAAUUGGCAGAGGAAGUGAUAGAGAAAGCUACAGAGUUGGAAGCAAAUGAAUCAGGAGUUUAUGUGCUCUUGUCUAACAUGCAUGCCUCAGUAGGGCAAUGGCCGGAGGCUCAAAGUGCAAGAGAAAUGAUGGAAGAAAAGAAAAUUUGGAAGAACACAGGGCAUAGUAAUGUUUAUGCUUCUUGAAGUCUUGCAUACAGAUGGAUUCAAUCAUUUUCAAAGCAAUGUAAAUGUGAAAAUGAUGAGAAAUAUUGGCUUGGCCGCUCAGGCAGAGCUCAGUACUUAUAGUCAUGAGCCCUUCUCUUUUUAUGGCUGGCCUCUGGCAUUCAAAUAGAUAUUAAGCAUGACAUGGAACAAGAACGGAAAGCACCAUGCUACAAGAAUCAAACCUUGUAUCUUUAAGAAAACACCUUCUAGACAUUUCAAAAAAAAAAAAAAACACCUUCUAGAAAGAAUUUCAUUGAUCAAAGGCGAUUCUACAAAGAUCAAUACAUGUCAC